AUGAAUGAUAAAGCCACUGAUGGAAAGCUGUGCUUGAAGGAAUUUCCCAAGUCACUUACAGGCACAUCAUUCACGUGGUAUGAUAACCUAAAAGAGGAAAGUGUGGAUUCCUGGAAAACCUUGCCAGCACUCUUUCUUGGGAAGUUUUACUCGGCUAAAAGGAAAAUCACGGCGAUAGACCUGAGCAAGAACGGGUUCCAGACAUUCGUCGAGUUAGAAGAUGCAGCUGAGAGGAUUGUUGAUUGCAUAAAAGAAAUACCUGUAGACUCUUCUUGGUGCACUACGGUUAGCACUGCGUCGGGAACCCCUCGCAAUGUGAAACCUAAUAUCAACAAGGAGAAGGGGGACCAACCACAAGCUGAUGGCAGAGACCAAGGAAGGAAUAGAGGAAGUAGGCGUGACUACAAAACACCGCCUCCUCUUCCCUGCAGCAAAGAACGCGCGAUCAAGCUUUUAAAUCAAUGGGUCACUGAGAGGGAGGUCCAACUACCCCCAACCACAGUAGAUAUGAACAAAAUGAAUAAAAACUCGGCCAGAUACUGUCAUUACCACCGAAGGAUGGGACACUCAACUGAGGAAUGCUUCGCCAUUCAAAGCAUAUUCGAACGCAAGCGGUCAGCUGGAGAACUCGAGGCAACGAGACAGACAACCGAACACGAUCCUUUCCCUCGUCACUAA